AUGCUGAGAAGAUCGCCUAUUCCGUGGGUCGACUCGGACAGUAAUCUGCACUGGUACGACCCAGAGACCGGCUAUGAUAGGAGGAGCUACGAUGAUGAUCAAGGUACCAGCUACAAAAAGACUCCCAAUUCCAAAGGGCACUCGGUAAGAUUCUCAGGGUCGACGAGAGGAGGUUCUAGCGCCGGUAGUGAUCGUGGCCGCCGCCGGCGUAGGCGGAGAGGAGACCAUCCCGGAUCACGCGCCCUCUCGGCCGUCUUCUCUGGCGUCUAUCCCCGCAACCCGGGGAGUCGCUCAGGCAUCAACAUCGAAGGUCCCUUUUACGACGAAGACUACGACCGCUGGGACUACUACGACAUCGGCCCCUCCAGGGGCCCGCGGAGGCUCGAGUACUGCCGGCACGGCGAGGUGGAGGUUCUGUGUGAGUGCUGCAACGACAGCCAUGGACGUGGAGGGCGAAGGGGGCCCAGAGGACGGUCGCCGCCACGAGAGAGCCGGAGUCGGAGUCGGAGUCGGAGUCGGGAUCGCCAUCGCCACCGUGGCAGUAGCAACCGACGCCGCCACGGCCGCCACUGGGUGCCCCGCGAUGAUGGCUCCUAUGAUGAAGUAAUAGCAUGCUACGUCGGCGACUUUGACUACGACUUCUACGACGAGGGCCCGCCGCCUCGCCACGAGCACCGCCGCCGGCCCUCCUCGAGCAGACGUCGACGACGCCGCCCAGGUCCGCCUCGGGGCGAUCUGGAUCGCGACCGCGAAUGGGGCUUCGGCCACGGCGCCUGUGGCCUCGAGCCCAUGUACGACGGCUUGGUUUUUGAUGAUUCCGGGUAUCAUCCUGACUUCAUUUAUGAUUACGAUUACGACUUUGAUUAUGAUGGUGAUUUUGGCGACGACGACCCCUAUGGAGGGCACAGGAGGAGAAGAAGAAGAGGAUCAAUAAGGAAUAGGGACAGAAGAGAUAGGGAGGACGACAUCUGGCGCGAAAUGGACAGGGUGGAGAGGCGGGCUGACGAGGCUGAGCGCUGGUUGUGGAGGGAGUAUGGCGCCUGA